AUGGCUUUGGUUCAGAGGUUUGGUAAACCAGAUAUUUUCAUUACGAUGACUUGUAAUCCAGAUUGGAAAGAAAUAAAAGACGAACUUCUAAUGGGACAAGUUGCUCAAGACAGACCUGAUUUGACAUCACGUGUAUUCCGUUCAAAACUUGAAGACCUAAAAGAUCAACUUUUUAAAAAGAAUGUCUUUGGAAGAGUUGGAGCGCAUGUGUAUGUGAUUGAAUUUCAAAAAAGAGGGCUUCCACAUGCUCAUAUCUUGGUUAUAUUGAAAGGUGAUUGCAAAAUCUUAACUCCUGACCAGUUCAAUAAAUAUAUUUCAGCAGAAAUCCCAGAUGUGUCUACUCAUUCAAGACUUCAUGAAAUGGUUGUCAAACAUAUGAUGCAUGGUCCCUGUGGGAAACACCGCAUGGACAGCCCUUGCAUGGUUAAUCAAGAAUGUAGACAUCAUUAUCCACGACCUUUUUUCUCUAAGACAAUAGUUGGUAAAGAUUCAUAUCCAAUUUACAUGAGGAGGAAUAAUGGUAGAAAAGUAAGUGUGCGUCGAGCAGAGUUGAACAACCAAUGGGUUGUUCCUUAUAAUCCAUAUCUCCUUACCAGGUACAAUUGCCACAUUAAUGUUGAGGUUUUCUCAAGUGUAAAAGUGAUCAAAUAUUUAUAUAAAUAUAUAUAUAAAGGGCACGACAAGAUCUCUAUCUACCUUGCACACAAUGAAGAGCAAAAUAAGUUUGAUGAAAUAAAACAUUUCCAAGAUGGGCGGUGGGUGUCAGCGCAAGAAGCAUUUUGGAGAAUGUAUGAAUUCAAGAUGAAUGAAACUACUCCUCCAGUUAUUAGUCUUCAGUUACAUCUUCCAGAUAAGCAAUCAAUUUGUUAUUGGCAACAUCGAGAUCUUCGUGAUGUAAUAGGUUCAGAAAGAUCAUCAAAAACUAUGCUCACUGAAUUCUUCACAAAAUGCACAACAACUGAAAAUGCAAGGAAAUUUUUAUACGUCGAAUUUCCUGAACACUACGUGUGGAGUAACCAAGCAAAGAUUUGGUCUGAUCGGAAGCACAAACUUGUCAUUGGUCGUAUAAACGCUGCAAACCCAAAAGAAGGAGAGAGAUAUUAUUUAUGUCUAUUGUUAAAUCAUGUGAGGGGACCUACUUCAUGGGAAUAUCUUUUAACAAUUGAUGGUAUUGCAUAUAAGUCCUUCAAGGAAGCUGCACAAAAAAGAGGAUUACUAGAAGCUGAUGAUAGUAUUUCUGAUUGUUUAGUUGAGGCCACUACCUUCCAAAUGCCUUAUGCACUACGAAGAUUAUUUGCCAUUAUUUUAGUUUAUUGCCAACCAUCAAAUGUAAGAAAACUAUGGAACAAUCAUUUUGAAGCGAUGACAGAAGAUUUCAAGGGAGGAGUAGAUGAUUACAUGCUACCAGCUCGUGUUGCAUGGACAUUAAAAAGCAUUAGUCUAUUCCUUGAGAGUAUGGGUAAACAUAUUGUAGAUUAUGAUCUACCAUUACUGAUACAUGAUGAUGUUGACCAAUGUCAAACUUUACCAAGAGAAAUUAUUGAUGAAAGUGAGAUAGACAUUCCAUUUGAAGAUUUUCAUGCUCAAUCAAAGUUAAACCCAAGGCAAAAACAAGCCUUCGAUAUCAUAUUAGAUAGAGUCAACAAAAAAAAAUCUGGAAUAUUUUUUGUGGAUGGUCCGGGAGGAACAGGUAAAACUUUUCUUUAUCGUGCAUUGCUUGCAAAUCUAAGAUCAAGAAAGAUGAUAGCAUUAGCAACAGCGACAUCAGGAGUGGCUGCAGUAAUAAUGCCAGGAGGGCGAACUGCACAUUCACGAUUCAAAAUUCCAAUUACUGCUAAUGAAACUACAAUGUGCAAUAUAUCAAAGCAGGAUGGAACAUCAAAAUUGAUACGAUUGGCAUCACUUAUAAUAUGGGAUGAAGCACCUAUGGCAAAAAGAUUUGCGAUUGAGACGGUUGACAGAACAUUGAGGGAUGUAAUGGGUGACAAAAGAAUUUUUGGUGGAAAAGUAGUCGUGUUUGGAGGUGAUUUUCGUCAAGUUCUACCAGUUGUUCCACGAGGCACUAGAGCAGAAACAGUCAAUGCAAGUCUUGUGAAAUCAUAUCUCUGGGAAAAAAUGGAAAAAUUAUCUCUCACUAUUAAUAUGAGAGCAAGAACUGAUCAAGUAUUUGGAGAGUUCUUAUUGCGCGUGGGGAAUGGAGAGGAACCCACAAUAGAUGAGAAUUUGAUACUUCUUCCACAUGAAAUGGUAGUAGAAUAUGACAAUGAUGAAAACUCUGAAAAAAAUUUGAUUGAUGCUAUCUUUCCAUCAUUACAAUCAAAUUCAUCAUCUGCUGAAUAUAUGACACAACGUGCUAUUCUUUCAACAAGGAAUGAGUAUGUUGAUGGACUUAAUGAAAAAUUAAUUGCAUUAUUUCCUGGUGAAGCUAAAACAUUCUUUAGUUUUGUUGAAGCAGUAGAUGACACAAAUAAUUAUUACCAAGAAGAGUUCUUGAACACCUUAAUGCCGAAUGGACUCCCGCCUCACAAGUUGAUUCUUAAAAGAAAUUGUUUGAUCAUGCUGUUACGUAAUCUUGAUCCAUCUAAUGGAAUGUGCAAUGGCACACGAAUGAUCUAUAGAGGAUAUGAACAUAAUGUUAUCCAUGCUGAAAUCACAAUUGGUCAACAUUCUGGUCAAAAUGUCAUGAUUCCGAGAAUACCAUUAUCUCCAGCUGAAAAUGAGGGUUAUCCAUUCCAAUUUCGUAGAAAACAAUUUCCAAUCCGACUAUGUUUUGCAAUGACAAUAAACAAAGCGCAGGGACAAACAAUACCUUAUGUUGGAGUUUAUUUGCCACACCAUGUAUUCUCACAUGGUCAAUUAUAUGUUGCAUUAUCAAGGGGGAUAUCAAUGAGAACAACUAAGGUAUUAGUGAAAGUUGACCAAACAAGAAGAACAACAAAAACAUACGCGAAAAAUAUUGUGUAUCCAGAAGUAUUAUUGCCUCAAAGGUCAUGGACUCUACCUAUUAUAGAUCAAACCAAAUUGCCUUGCUGCAGCCCAAUUCCCCAUGGCUCUCUACAGUUUGACAAAGAUGCAUCUUUUGAAGUUGAUGAAUCCUGCUAA